UUUCACGUUAUUUACAACAAAGCUAUCAGAUUUGGGUUGGGUUGGAGGGUAAUUUGUUAAAAGUUAGGAGGGUAAUUUUGUGCAUAGGGUUUAGGUGCCCUCCUAUACAUGACCCUUGAUUUUACUUUAUUUACACCACUGCCAUCAAAUAUGUGGCUGAAUUGGAGGGUAUUAUUAAAAGUUAGGAGGGUAGUUUGUUCAAGGGGUGAGGGCGACAUUCGCAGACAGAGAGCGAUGGGAGCCAUGGCCAUUGCACAGAGAGAAAGGGAGUGAUGGGGGAAAUUACAGACAGAAAAGGAAGGGAUGGGGGGGAUUUGAUGGAUGGUCACAGAGAGAGAUUGGGUGAGGGAUGUGAGAGGAGAUUACAGAGAGAUAAAUAAAAGGGAGGGAUCGGGGGAUGUGAGGGAUGGUCAGGGAGAGAAAUAGUGAGGGAGGGAGGGAUGGGGGGGCUGAUUUUCGGUUCCUCCUUCCAGAUUUGUUCCGUAAAAACCUGUUGGGUAGAAUUCAAUUUCCUCCCCCUUUCCCCUGAACGAAAAAUUCGAAACCUACAACUCAAAACUCACUCAUUUGUCGUCCCUCCUUGGCUUUCCGCUUUACUCAUCUCCCGGUGGUUCUCUCUCCAUACGAUUCCAUUUCGUGGGAUUGAAAUUGGGGCUUUGUGGUGGGCGCGUUCACUAACUAAGCUUUCAAGGGAACCGAUCAACGGUUUGCUUGCUGGGGGAAUUCGGAGACUACCAGUCAUGAUCUUCCGCUGCAGCAUCUGAUCAGUCACGCCCGAAAAGGGGUUUGUUUCUCAAAUCACAUUAAUUAAUUAGAUUAUUAAUGUGCGUUGGAAGGCUCUUCAAUAUGAUUUCUAAUUUCUCCUUUCCAGCAUUCUCUUUUUGGUUUUUGGAGUAUGUAUGUGAUUUGUAUUUGAUUAUAGAAUAAAAAUUAAUAAAACACGAGAUGCAGCAAUUAAUUUGCAUCCUUAUGACAACACAUA